AUGAGUGUAUGGAAUCCAAAGGUUAGAGGAACUUUCCAAUAUAGUUCAGUUUCAAUCUCAGUUGAAGCAAUGUUUGGAACUGACUUUGAACAAAUACAACUUGGGUGGAUUGUAAACCCAAACAUGUACGGUGACACACGCACCCAUUUGUUUUUUCAAAUGACUGAUGGAGCAGAUUCACCUAGAACUGGAAAAUGGUGGGUGUAUUUUAAUACUGAACCUCAUCCAGUUGGAUAUUUUCCAAACAAACUAUUUUUUGAGUUAAAUUCUGGAGCAAACACAUUGAAAUGGGGAGGCUAUGUUUUCACUGGGCCAAAUGAUAAUGCUAGCCCUCAAAUGGGUAGUGGAAAAUUUGAUAAUGGUGAAUAUCAACGAACUGCUUACAUGACUAAUGUACAAAAUGUAGGUGCCAAUAAUCAAUUAGUUCGCUUGCCAAAUGAUAUUCAAACUGCCGAGUCUUGUUGUUACCUUGAAGGGGAUGAAUCAUACAAAGACGAAACAAUAGGUUAUACCUUCUGUUUUGGCGGAAAAGGUGGCAUAUUAGAUUAUUGUUAUAAUGGUACAAGUAAAUGA